UUCGGCUCGCCUCCGCCCGGCUGCGCACGGUUCGGCCCGGCGGGGCUCGGCGCGGCAGCAUGCUGGCCCUUUUCAACAAGCUGCUGGACUGGUUCCGGGCGCUGUUCUGGAAGGAGGAGAUGGAGCUGACCCUGGUGGGGCUGCAGUACUCGGGCAAGACCACGUUCGUCAACGUCAUCGCGUCAGGCCAGUUCAAUGAAGACAUGAUCCCAACGGUGGGCUUCAAUAUGAGGAAGAUCACCAAAGGGAACGUUACCAUAAAGCUCUGGGACAUCGGCGGCCAGCCGCGCUUUCGCAGCAUGUGGGAGCGGUACUGCCGUGGAGUGAGUGCCAUCGUGUACAUGGUGGAUGCUGCUGACCAGGAGAAGAUCGAGGCCUCGAAGAAUGAACUUCAUAACCUGCUCGACAAGCCGCAGCUCCAGGGCAUCCCGGUCCUAGUCCUGGGGAACAAGCGAGAUCUGCCUGGUGCCUUGGAUGAGAAGGAGCUCAUUGAGAAGAUGAACCUCUCUGCCAUCCAGGACCGAGAGAUUUGUUGCUACUCUAUCUCUUGCAAAGAAAAGGACAACAUUGACAUCACCCUACAGUGGCUUAUUCAGCACUCGAAGUCCAGGAGAAGCUGAGAUCCCUUGGACUGCAGCUCAGAUCGGGAAGAUGCCAUUGUACAAGCCCAUACCCUUUCCUUCUCCUGCUCUGUCCCUCCAGCUCUUUCUCUCUAGAUGGGUAUUUUUAGGGGACCCCAGACUCCACUCGCAUUGAGGUGGAGCCCUUGUUUUUAUUGUAAAGAAAAUGUCCGACUCUGCCCUCCUUUCCUCUCUCUGUCUCUUCUUCCCAUUUUGGCACUGUUCUGUUGUUGUCUGUGUAUACAGUAUAUAUAUAUGUAUAUAUAUUUUAAUUUUUUAAUUUAAGCACUAGCGCUGUUACUAAACUGGGCCCUGUGAGCUGUAGGAAGGCUGUGGGCUGCCCGAGUUCAGCACUGGGAGGAGGAUGAGGUGCGUGGCAGACAGCAGCCCCCAGGAUGGGGCCGGAUAGGGCUGCAGGCAAGUCCCCCAGGAGGAGCUGCAGCACCCUGGGGCUGUGGGGGGCACAUCUGUGCUGUCCUUCCCCAGGCUUCAGUCCCCACAGCAGGGUUUGUGGGGGCAAUGCCAUCUCCCCCCCCCACCCCAAAGCUCUUCACCCCAGCGUGGGGAUGGGAUUGGUCACAACCCACUGCCACCAGCCUGCACACAUUGCCCUCAGCUGCCCCCGCCUCUCCUCGCUGCCCUGGCCGCCUCAGCCCCGUACCCCCGGGUGCCCCAGGGGUGCCCAGUUGUGCCCUGGCCCUGGCUUUGCUGCCCAGCCUCGGGGUGCUGGGUGGCACAGCUGGCUCCUUGCCUUGCACGUGGGGAGGGGAGAGGAGAGGAGGCCUCCAAGAGCCAGGGUGUCUUUGUCCCUUUGUGCUGAGUUACUGGGUCUGUGCUGGUGCAGCCUUGGGGUUGCUUGGGGCUGGUGGGGGUGGGAUAUUUCUGGGUAAAGGGGGCAUGCUGGCAGCAGCAGGGAGGAUGGGGCCAGGUCUGACAUAGUGGGAAGGCACUGGCCCUGUCCCCAGCCCCAGUGGGGUUGUGGGGAUGACGGGCGAUGGGGGCUUUCAGCUCCUGCGUGGCUCCUGGGGGUGGUGAGGCCGGGGGUUCCCUUCUGUUCUCAUUUUUGCAGAAUUGCACAAAGAGAGGUUUCUUUUUUUUCUUUUUUUUUUUUAAUUUAAUGGAUUGUAAAGUGUUGUCAUCCCUCUCCGCCCCAUUUUUUUUUUUUUUAAGAGAUAUUUUGGCGCAAAUUUGACCUCUGUUGGGAAAUGAUUCUUGUAACUGUACAAUUUUUUUGCCUCCUAAUAAUAAUAAAUUAACAAUUUUGCGUUGG